AUGGGGCAACAGCCUGGAAAAGUCCUUGGGGACCAGAGAAGGCCAAGUUUGCCUGCCCUGCACUUUAUCAAAGGAGCAGGGAAAAAGGAAUCAUCAAGGCAUGGGGGCCCACACUGCAAUGUUUUCGUGGAACAUGAAGCCCUUCAGAGGCCAGUAACUGCAUCUGAUUUUGAGCCACAAGGUCUGAGUGAAGCAGCUCGUUGGAACUCUAAGGAAAACCUCCUUGCUGGUCCCAGUGAAAAUGACCCUAACCUUUUUGUUGCACUGUAUGAUUUUGUGGCCAGUGGAGAUAACACUCUAAGCAUAACUAAAGGUGAAAAGCUCCGUGUCUUGGGCUAUAAUCACAAUGGAGAAUGGUGUGAAGCCCAAACCAAGAAUGGACAGGGGUGGGUCCCGAGCAACUAUAUUACCCCAGUCAACAGUUUGGAGAAACAUUCCUGGUACCAUGGGCCUGUAUCACGAAAUGCCGCUGAAUACCUACUAAGCAGUGGAAUCAAUGGCAGCUUUCUGGUUCGAGAGAGUGAGAGCAGCCCAGGCCAGCGAUCCAUUUCAUUGAGAUAUGAGGGAAGGGUGUACCACUACAGGAUAAACACUGCAUCUGAUGGAAAGCUGUACGUCUCUUCAGAGAGUCGCUUUAACACUUUGGCAGAGUUGGUUCAUCACCAUUCAACAGUGGCAGAUGGAUUGAUCACCACUCUGCAUUACCCAGCUCCCAAGAGAAACAAACCCACCAUAUAUGGAGUGUCUCCUAACUAUGAUAAGUGGGAGAUUGAGAGGACAGACAUUACCAUGAAGCACAAACUUGGAGGAGGACAGUAUGGAGAAGUGUAUGAAGGUGUAUGGAAAAAAUAUAGCCUAACUGUGGCUGUGAAAACCUUGAAGGAAGACACUAUGGAGGUGGAAGAGUUCUUGAAAGAAGCUGCAGUAAUGAAAGAGAUCAAACACCCUAACUUAGUACAAUUACUAGGGGUGUGUACUCGGGAACCCCCAUUCUACAUAAUCACCGAGUUCAUGACCUAUGGGAAUCUGUUAGAUUAUCUCCGGGAGUGUAAUCGGCAGGAGGUGAAUGCAGUUGUGCUGCUAUACAUGGCCACUCAGAUCUCAUCAGCCAUGGAGUACCUGGAGAAGAAAAACUUCAUCCACAGGGAUCUUGCUGCCCGAAACUGCCUUGUAGGGGAAAACCACUUAGUGAAGGUGGCUGAUUUUGGCUUGAGCAGGUUAAUGACAGGAGAUACUUACACAGCCCAUGCAGGAGCGAAAUUCCCAAUCAAAUGGACAGCACCUGAAAGUCUGGCUUACAAUAAAUUUUCUAUUAAGUCAGAUGUCUGGGCAUUCGGGGUUUUGCUUUGGGAAAUUGCUACAUAUGGCAUGUCCCCUUACCCUGGAAUUGAUCUGUCACAAGUAUAUGAAUUGUUGGAAAAAAAUUAUCGCAUGGAACGUCCAGAAGGCUGUCCAGAAAAAGUCUAUGAACUCAUGAGAGCAUGUUGGCAGUGGAGUCCUUCUGACCGGCCUUCUUUUGCUGAAAUCCACCAAGCCUUUGAAACAAUGUUUCAGGAAUCCAGCAUAUCAGAUGAGGUGGAAAAAGAGCUUGGGAAGAAAGGUGUACGAAGUGUUGUCGGUACAUUGCUGCAAGCCCCAGAAUUGCCAACUAAGACUAGAACAUCCCGGAGAGCUGCUGAAAAUAAAGAUGCCAGUGAUCUUUUGGAUGCUUCUCAUCCCAGGAGUCAGGGAGAAGAUCCUUUGGAUCAUGAGCCUGCUGUUUCUCCAUUGCUCCCAAGGAAAGAAAGAACUCCUCAGGACAGUGGCUUGAAUGAAGAUGAACGCCUUCUCCCCAAAGACAAGAAGACUAACCUGUUUAGUGCCCUAAUUAAGAAGAAGAAGAAAACUGCUCCGACCCCGCCCAAACGCAGUAGUUCUUUUCGAGAGAUGGAUGGCCAUUCAGACCGCCGGGGAGGUGGAGAUGAAGAGAUCCUCAAUGGCACCUUUAUUACAGCUCCCUUAGACACAACUGAGCCAUCUAAGUUCCCAAGUCCAAGCAAUGGGGUGAAUGUUACCAAUGGGGCUGUAUCAGGGAGCUCAGGCUUUCGGUCUCCCCAUUUGUGGAAAAAAUCUAUUACAUCAACAAGUAGCCGGUUGGCAGCCAACGAAGAAGAAAGUAACACCAACUCCAGCAAGCGUUUCCUGAGGUCAUGUUCUGCUUCUUGUGUGCCCCAUGGGGCCAAAGACACAGAAUGGAGGUCAGUAACAUUGCCUCGAGACCUGCAGUCCACUGGGAGGCAGUUUGAUUCCUCUACAUUUGGUGGGCACAAGAGUGAGAAACCAGCCUUGCCUCGGAAACGGGCAAGUGAGAAUAAAUCUGAUGUGUCUUCUCGGGGCACAGUGACCCCACCACCCAGGCUACUGAAACAAAAUGAGGAGGCUGUUGAUGAUGUUUUCAAAGAUACAGAGUCCAGCCCUGGUUCUAGCCCCCCCAGUCUGACUCCAAAAGUUGUCCGCAGGCAAGUCACAAUGACUGCUUCCUCUGGUCUAUCCCACAAGGAUGAAAGUGGAAAACCUAAUGCCAUAGUAGCUCCUGUUGUCCUUGAACAAGCCCCUGUUAGCAAAGCAGCCUCCAAUUUAUUUAUGGGAACCAGUAAGGUCUCCAGUGAGGAGCCCAGAACUAGGAGGCACAAACAUUCUUCUGAGUCAUUAGGGAAGGACAAGGGGAAGCUAUCCAAACAUAAACCUGCCCCACCUCCCCCACCAUCAUCAUCUGCUGGGAAGGCUACGAAGUCCUCUCAGAGCCCUGGCCAUGAAGCAGUGGGGGAUGGAGGACCCAAUAUUAAAGCAAAACAGUUGACUCUGGCAGCAGAUGCUGUGAAUAGUGAUGCUGCCAAACAAAACCUGUCAGGAGAGGGUGUUAAAAAAUCCAUGCUCUCCUCUGUUCCAAGGGCACAGUCAUCCAACAAACCAUCAAUAGCUCCAAGCACUACUCCAGCCACCUCUCCCUCUACUUUACCAUCUACUUCGUCAGCCCUAGGAGGAGAACAGCUAACUUCCACUGCUUUCAUCCCUCUCAUAUCCACACGAGUGUCUCUGAGGAAAACCCGCCAGCCCCCUGAGAGGCUCGCUAGUGGUGCCAUCACAAAAGGUGUGGUGCUAGACAGCACUGAGGCCUUGUGUCUUGCCAUCUCCAAAAACUCUGAGCAAAUGGCCAGCCAUAGUGCUGUGUUGGAAGCAGGAAAAAACCUGUAUACUUUCUGUGUGAGCUAUGUGGACUCCAUCCAGCAGAUGCGAAACAAGUUUGCUUUCAGGGAAGCUAUCAACAAGUUGGAAAAUAACCUCCGAGAGCUUCAGAUAUGUCCUGCAACAGCAGGCAGUGGCCCUGCUGCCACCCAGGACUUUAGCAAACUUCUCAGUUCGGUUAAAGAAAUCAGUGAUAUUGUUCAGAGGUAGCAGAAACCAGGAUUCAGCCAGCCAGAGUUGACUGCUGACAUGUGUAGCCUCAGAGCUAUGGUAGACUGACAAAAGACCAGUGAAUCAGUGUCUCUAGGACAGGAAAAGGCAUAUAGGGCACAGUCUGUGUGCCUCUGUAGAGCAUAUGCAACCUGACUGCCUAGGCCAUGGGAUGGCAAUCAUGAUAUGCUUUUCUCCCUUUCAGCCCAGGUUCCCUGAGUCUUUGCUAUUCUGAAACUCAUCUGUGGAGUUCCAUCUCUGUGGACUGAAGCCAAAAUACCAAGGCCCCACUGUCCCUUUUUUACUAACAUUACUUUGGAAUGAGCUUUAAGUUGGA